AUGGAGUGGCUGGCGGAGCACCCGGAAUUCUUCGCCAGCGAGUUAAGGCCAAACGAUAUAAACGACGUGUUGAAGAAAAUACAAAAUGAAUUCCUUCAAGAGGAAGCAAGUCAAAUCAUUCUGAUCACAUCGGGGGGAACCAAAGUUCCACUGGAGAAAGUGCCCAUCAGACACAUGGAAAAUUUCUCGACCGGAAAAAGGGGAGCACAUAUGUGUGAAUAUUUUUUAAAGAAAAACAAAAAAGUAAUUUUUCUACAUCGAAAGGGUACCUUCAUGCCAUUCGAAUGCCAUUUAAAAUGUGCUACUCGAAUGGACAGUGUUCGUGUUGUGGAUGGACAUAUCACUCUGACUAUAUCAGAACAGGAUAAUCAAGCUGUAAUAAAAGAUGCAAAAUUGUAUGAACAGUUCAGGCAAAAUGUGCUUUGUAUUUCAUUUGAAUCAAUUUUUGAUUAUGGAUUUUAUUUGACAGCCAUUUGUGAUUUGCUCCAUAAGGACGCCAGGGACAGGCAGGUCGGCCUUACUACUAUGGAUGUGAAGACCAGUGAAGUUCUCCCCAUGUCACACAUCAUCAUAUUAUGCGCAGCGGUGAGCGAUUUCUACAUACCGUUUGCAAAAUUAAGUAAGCACAAAAUAAACAGUGAGACGAAUGAAACUCUCUCCCUUCGAAUGCAGCUAGCUCCCAAAUUUUAUAAACUUACGAAGGAGUACUUUCCCUUACUUAACUUAUGCAUGUUCAAACUGGAAGAUGAUGAGCAGGCAUUGCUAAGCAAAUCAAACGAGAGAAUCCGUUUCGCAGACCUAUUAGUUGCUAACCUGUUAGAUCAGCGUUAUAAGUCUGUUUUUAUUUUCACAGGGAGAGACCAUUUCUUUAAACUUACAACCUCGAAUGAGUCGGAACGGAUUGAAGAUGCCAUAUGUCGCUACCUUUGUAAGCACUUUGGCAUUCCAACAGCAGACCAGUAG